GCCAGAGAGCUGGAGAGCCAGCGCGCCUGGAGAAAUCAGAAUCAAUAAAGAGCACUCGGCUGGACAGCCACAAGAGCAGGGAGGGGAGAGAGAGUGAGAGCGGCCAGGGAAAUCCAUUCAGAAAAGGGGGGGAGGCAAGUUUUUUUUUCCCCCCCUCUCCACUCCACUUUUCGUCCUCUUGGAAAAACAAAACCCAGUAAAGAGGGGACGUGUGCCAGGACCAGAGAGGGGAAACGGCAGAGGCAGGAGCUGGUAGAGCGCAGGACAGAGCGGCGUUUGGGUCUCCAGAGGGAGAGCGACUGUGUCAGUGACGCGGGACGACCCCACACGCUACACCACGCUGGGCUUCUCCGCGGGGAUGGGGCUUGCUGAGGAGUGCUGCCCAGAGGGGCAGUGUGGAGGCAGAGAGCGUGGACCCACUCCAGUGGAGAAACCCUCUCCCUCACGCACUGGGUAGACCCGAGAGAGCCACACUGCCCUGACUGCACUGCACCUCACAGCUCAGGACCCUCCACACUCAGAGCUGGCUGUAUAUAAACUUUUAAAUACAGUGGAGAGAGAAACCCCUUCCAUUCCACUUUCCAGCUGACCCCGUGCUCCCAAGCAGAGCCCUGCAGGAACAGCGCUAUGUGGAGCUGCAUGCUUUCCAAUGAGACAGACGACAGCGUGGAACACCAGCUCUGCCAGGACUUCGGCCUCAUCCUGUCCGUCCUGUCCCUCGUCUACCUCGUGGUGUGCUUCCCCGUGGGCCUGUGCUACAACGCGCUGCUGGUGGUGGUCAACCUCUCCAACAAGGUGUCCAUGACCAUGCCGGACGUCUACUUCGUCAACAUCGCCAUCGCCGGGCUGGUGCUGAACGUGGUGGCGCCGGUGGAGCUCCUGGGGCCCGGCUACACCCGCUGGCCCGUGUGGGACUACAACAACGAGGUCUACAUCACCCUGCUUAUCCUGUUCAACGUGUCCUCCCUGGUGAUCAUGUACUCCACCACGCUGCUCAGCCUGGACUGCUACAUCGAGCGCGCCCUGCCGCGCACCUACAUGUCCAGCGUCUACAACACCAAGCACGUGUGCGGCUUCAUCUGGGGCGGCGCCGUGCUCACCAGCUUCUCUUCGCUGCUCUUCUACGUCUGCAACCACGUCUCCGCCAAGAUCGUCGAGUGCUCCAAGAUGCAGAACAAGGAGGCGGCGGACGCCAUCAUGAUGCUGAUCGGCUACGUGGUGCCGGCCGUGGCCGUGCUCUACGCCCUGACGCUCAUACUGCGCAUACGCAAGGAGGCCACGCCCCUGGACCAGGACUCGGGCCGGCUGGACCCCUCCGUCCACCGGCUGCUGCUGGCCUCCGUCUGCGUGCAGUUCGUCCUGUGGACCCCGUACUACAUGACCCUGCUGGUGCACACGCUCUCCGGGGCGCCCGGGAGCUAUCCCAGCAGGCCCAGGGGCCCCACCUACUACUUCCUGCGGAGUCUGUCCGAGCUGCUGGCCUUCUCCAGCAGCUUCGUCACGCCCCUCAUAUACAGGCAGAUGAACAAGAACUUCUCCCCCCGCCUGCAGAGGCUGCUGAGGAGGCUCCGCUGCAGGAAGCAGGGGUGCGCCCGGGACCCCUCGGGGGUGCAGCAGGUGGUCACGUAGGGACCGGCCCAGCGCUCACGUUCUAGAACCUGCCAAGGGCAGUUAUCAUGCACACGGUGCCAGUGCGUCACUUGCAGAGAGCGGCAUGGAAACCGUGGGGACCUUUGGCGACGUUGCACACCUUUUCUUUCACGCCCGCGUCCGUGGAGGGACGCCAGCCGAGUAACCACUAAGUGCUGCUUUUGUGAUUUUCACAUGCCGUUAUGACAGCUAUUUACCCUCCAGAAAAGAGAAGCGAGCUUUUCGUGCACCACCCCACCCCUUUCUUUCUCUGCAGUGUUAGCCUCUGUUUUUCCAGGUAUGCAACGGAGUAAGCCUCCAACGCAAACUAGUCUUGAAUCAGAAUCAGGCUUCUGCACAGCAUCAGCUGGUGUGGAAGAGACACUAUCAGUAUCCUUACCUCAGCUUACCCACCCAAGGGCAUUACUGCGAUGCGGUGACCUGCUCCACAGGACCUAAAACAUACCGGCGAGGCACAGCGGCGACCCACAGACCGGUCCAGUUCUGCGAUGACAUCAUCGGUCUGCACACAAACUUUGUUGUAGAGUGUGGAAAGACGGCCUUCUCUUUGCAUGAUAUAUUUGCUGCUAAGAGGCCCAGAGGAGGUGUGUGUGUGGGGCCUGUGCAGCUGCUUAACUCGCCACCUGCAGACGGGAGUGGAGUCGGAGUAAAACGAGACCCGUUUUAUGAUUAGACCCCUGGUACGACACGCACUUCUCCCGUUAUGGGCGUGCGGUUCCUUCGUUGCUCCCGUUCUGAUAUGCAUCACCUGUCAGGGUUCUUGGAAUGCAGACAUUUCAAUCAGAAACCCCAGCUGCAUCAGUUGAGUUCAGAAAAUCAAGUCUUAUUCUAAUUUGUUAAUGCUAUACAAUCCAAAUUUUAAAGUAAUUUAUUUGAAAUCUCUAAAACGUAACGGCUCUGAAAUAGACAAAUCAAUUCGAUUGGGACUCCUUUCAAAAAAGGCCAAUACCCAAAGCAGAUUUAUUUAUAUUGAUGUUAUUUGUUUGAAGAUGACACCCUGUCAUACAUUAUCAGUAGCUGUAUUUCUGCUGCCUGCCACUACAUACAGCAAGAACUCAUGUUCUUGAGGACCUGCAUUAGAAGGAGAAGAGGAUCUAGCCUUUCCGGCUUUAAUCAGUAUUCAGCUAGGACACACUGCACCUUGUUAAUUAUUGUUUAAAUAGAUCAAAGUCCUCGAUCACUGCGAGAGACACAUUUUUGAGUUGUGGGAGAAUAUUCUGCCAUAAAAGUGACUAGUAAAACAGUCUGUUAGCUCAGGGCCAGUUAAUUUGUAGGUGAUACCUUACUAUGACAUAGAUUGUGAUGUGGUUUUACCAGCAGCACACAAGGAAAAAGAUUAGAGGCAGUCAGUCUGACAGCUAUGGCACUUAGUCUAACAAAUUUAAGAGUUUUUAUUUUCACGUUAUAUAUGUUGUUAAAACCAGUGACCACAAAACUUGUGACGAUGCAUACAAAUUUAGAAAAAUAUACUUGUAUACAUUACACUAUGCAUAGGUUAAGCUCAUCACUCAAAGUCAUUGGAUUGAAUGCUCAAGUUUUAUGUUGCUCAAGAGACAGCUAAAUAGAUGUCCUGUUCACAGUACAAUAAAAAUGAAAUCGAAGAGGACGUAACAUAGAAUCACGUAAAGACUUAUACAUGACCUCUCAGACCAAUAGCAAGAGGGAUAGAAAGAGACUCGUCUCAUUUCUGAGUGAGUGAAUCACAUAGUCUGCGGAAGUCAGAAAUCUGACAACAUUUAUCAAUAGUUAACAUUGAAAUUUCACCAGACACACCAACUGUGUGGAAGCAUAGCCAAUAAAAGCUCUCAAUUUGCAUUUAAUUGUAAAACACAGUCAUGAUCAGCCACGUUCAACUAGACAUGAUGAGCCAAGGUAGUAAAAAUGUCUGUACCAAAAGAAAUAUUUUAAAAAGUACUGUAUGUAUUAUCAAGAAAGAUAAUAGAAUUUUAAACCCACAUAAUUUAAAAUAUAUUAAUUUUUGAGUAAGCUACAAAGAGAAAUACCAUUUUAA